UACAAUAAACACACACUUAAAUACGACUGUGCAAUUGUCCUGCUAUUCUCCCUUACAACAUGCGGCAUGCGGCUCAUUUGUGCAAACCGUGUUAAACAUGUGUGGUUGUUCUUUUCAGAUUUAAGAAAAAAAUUCGUGUGUCGUAGGAAAUUUUCCUUGACAUUCUGGCGGCCCAAUCGAGCCCAAGUUCCCACCGGUUAAAGGAAAGGGGCUUAAGCCAAAUGAAAAUUUGGUUGCUGCUCUGCAAUUUUUAGCUGAAGGUAGCUACCAAAAUGGAACAGGAAAUGAUUACAAAACAGUAAUUGCCCAGCCUACUUUCUCGGUAGCCUUUGCAAAGUGCUUGAACAUAAUCGAAGAAACUGUUGGGAACAAAUGGAUCUCUUUAGCGAUGGAACCAAAUGAGCAACAAGAUGCACGACAAUACUUCUUCUCAAAAAGUGGCAUCCCUGGUGUAGUGAUGUGUGUUGAUGGAACACACAUAAAAAUUAUUGCACCAGUGGACGAUUACGAUCAGCAUUUUAACCGGAAGGGCUAUUACAGCCUAAACACGAUGAUUAUUUGCGACCAUCUCAUGAAAAUUCGGUAUGUGAAUGCCAAAUUCGGAGGAGCCAAUCACGAUUCACAUAUUUGGAAUGAAAGUGGAAUGGACAACAUUUUCGAAACAAAACAUCGACGCGGAGAAACUGCAUUCAAGCUACUAGAAGCUGCCUUUAAUAAAAACCAUUCUUUAGGUAGAGAAAUAGUGGAGCGCACGAUCGGGUUGCUAAAAAUAGAUUUAGGUGUUUGUUAGGUGCUCGACAGUUGCACUACACGGUAAAAGCAACUCAAAUAACGAACGUAUGUUGCAUCUUACACAACAUGUGUA